AUGAGAAUGACCAUCAUCCUUAUCUUUCUUCUCCUUGCGCCCUCAGUCAGCGAUGGACUCCCAAGCUCUGCAUCCAACGGACUGGACAAAGAAAAAGUUCUUGCUAUCCACAGAAAAUUCGAAGACGUCGAAAGCGAAAUAGAAGGACAACUAAAAUUAUCACCAGCAAGGGAAAGGAAUCUUCGAGCGAAGCUUAAGGCAGUGAUUGCAUUCAAAAGGAAGCAAGUACACUCUGAAGGAGACAAUAUCGACGAGAUCAAUAGAAGAAGCAAACUUGGAAAACUUUUAUAUCAAGGCGACAUUAUGUUGACGAACCGCCAAGCCGAAGAAAUUAUCUCCGGCAUAGAGCAUGAAGAAACUAAUCGUACGAAAAGACAAGCGUUCCGUGAUGAAAAAUAUCCUAAAACGAUAUGGCAAGAUGGAGUUAGCUUCUAUUUCGACUGGUCUUCUUUAAGUACGGAGUAUGCAAACAUCUUUAGAAAGGCUACCCAGGAAUGGUCGAAGGACACGUGCAUUGAUUUCCGCGAAGAUUAUUUGGCAACUGACAGGAUCCGCGUUGUUGCUCAGAGUGGUUGUUGGUCGUAUGUGGGUAGACUUGGUAAAGAACAACCUCUAUCGCUGGGAUAUGGAUGUGGCACGGUUGGAAUUGCUGUACAUGAAAUAGGCCACGCUCUUGGAUUGUUCCAUACACAAUCAAGGCAUGAUCGAGAUAACUACGUCUACGUCAAUAUUGACUAUAUUCAGCCCGGUUGGAAAAGCCAGUUCAACAAAGAAUCUACAGCUACGAAUGAGAACUAUGGUGUACCGUAUGAUUAUGGAAGUAUAAUGCACUACAAUGCAAGAGCUGCUUCACUCUACGAAUUACAAUCACUAAUCCCAAGAGAUACGAGAUAUGCUCAAACUUUGGGCUCACCUUUUCUUUCCUUUUACGAUUUGCUCAUGGUUAACAAACAUUACAAUUGCCUUAACUGCGACCUUAAGACUUCCGCAAAGUGUGAAAUGGGAGGAUUUCCUCAUCCGCGAGACUGCAAUAGAUGUAUUUGUCCUAGCGGUUUUGGAGGCGAUCUUUGCAAUGAAAGACCACAAGUAGGUUGUGGUGCGACUGUGGACGCCAAGGACUCCUACCAAACACUUGAAAUCAACGUCGGAGAUAAAAGAUAUGGUGAUCAGGACAGAGAAGAUUUUAUGAGAUGCAAUUACUGGAUCAAGGCACCGGAAGGCUCUAUCAUUGAAGUUCAAAUUGUGAGAAUCACUAAUGGGCUUGCUAAUGAUGGUUGCGUUUAUGCUGGGGUUGAGAUAAAAACUCACGCAGAUUUGCGCCUAACCGGCUACCGAUUCUGCGCCGAUGAAGACGCUGGAGUAACUCUUAGGUCAAACUAUCAUAUAGUUCCUGUUAUGGCUUAUAACCGACUCUACGAAACAGAGAUAGUUCUCAAGUAUCGCAUAGUUCCCGGAGGUCGACCGAUGCCCACAACACCGCCAACGUAUACAAUAGAAUCAGAAUCAGGCUCUGGCCCUGAUUCUGGCUCUGGCUCUGGUCCUGGCACUGAUUCUGACUCUGGGCCUAAAUGCAAAGAUGAUAAGAAGUGCUCCAUUUUAAUGAGUGUAAAGGAUUUCUGCAACAGCAUAUUUCCUGAGCGGAUCAAGAGGAGAUACUGUGCGAAAAAAUGCGGAUUUUGUCAGGAAACUGGAAGAUAA